GGAUGUGACGUAUGAUAACGGCGCCGUUCGCGCACAGAGAUGCUAAAAGUCUUUUUAUUUUCUGAUAUUUUUUGAACGAUUACUAGUAAUCGUUGUUGUGUCUUAAAUGUCCUUGGACUAUUACACGGCCUAAGUGAUGGGUAAGGGCUGUAAGGUUGUGGUUUGUGGUAUGACGUCAGUGGGGAAAACCGCAAUCCUGGAGCAGCUGCUGUAUGGUACUCACUCUGUAGGCGCAGAAACCAGUGACACUCAAGAGGACAUAUAUGUGGCAUCUGUCGAGACGGAUCGUGGCGUGAGGGAGCAGUUACGUCUCUAUGACACGCGAGGGCUGCGUGAUGGUCUGGAUUUACCCAAACACUUGUUCUCCGUGGUUGACGGUUUUGUGUUGGUCUACAGCGUGGACAGUCUGGACUCCUUCAGAAAAGUCGAGCUCCUGAAGAAAGAAAUAGACAAGUCGCGAGACAAAAAAGAGGUGAUGGUGAUGGUGUUGGGGAACAAGUGUGACCUGCGGGAGCGUCGGCAGGUGGAUCAGGAGGCGGCGCAGCAGUGGGCUCGGGGGGAGAAAGUCAAACUGUGGGAGGUGAGCGUGACGGAGAGAAGCUCUUUAAUGGAACCCUUCACCAGCCUUACCAGCCGCCUGACGCAGCCUCAGAGUAAAUCCUCUUUCCCUCUGCCCGGCCGCAAGAGCAAAGGAGCGCCCUCCAAUGACAUCUGAACCCCAGACUCUUUCUUUAGUGCAUUAAAGACGUUUACGGGCCAGUUAGCAGCGGCUGUAUUUGUAUUCACGAAGGAGGGCAAUAAAAAGAGUAGUAUAGAUUAACUGUAUUCUACUGUAACAUGUGAUUGAGUUGGUCAGAAUUUUUGGUCAUAAUAUUUCAAACUUUAUAUUUUGCGCGAAACGGAUCCAGGUUUAGACAUUAUUCAUACAUUACCCCUGAAGUUCUCAUUUCCAAAAUGCAAAAUGUCUGCAAAUACAUUCGGAUGUUUUACUUUGUGUAUUUAUUUGUAACUAUUCCUCUCCAUAAUGAUUUAAAUUACUGUUGUAUAGUAACCUUGUCUUUGUAGUACAAUCACAAUUACUGUAAUAAAUUAUUUUAAAUGAACAGUUGAAUUACAUUGAAUAAAGUUCAUUUAACUAAA